UAGCCAAGCUCGGAGAUGUGGAGACGAUGGACAUUCUACUCUCGUUCCCAGCUGCCUGCUCCUGAAAACCUGAAGAUUCACCUGUACAACGCCAUGCAGGUUCUGAGUUGGGAGCCGGUGUCCCUGAGCAAUGACACAAGGCCCGUGGUCUACCAGGUGCAGUUCAAAUUCUCUGGCAGUGACAAGUGGUCCAACGUCCACGCACCGUACACAGAGGUGAACUGUACGAGGAUCACGGCCACAGAGUGUAGCUUCACCCAAACCAGCCUCUCGAAGGGGUUCCCACUGCAUUUCAACGUCUCCUUACGUGUCCGGGCGGAGCUGGCGGAGCGCGUGUCUGCCUGGGUGACGGCGCCUUGGUUCCAGCACUAUCGGAACGUUACCGUCGGGCCUCCAGAAAACAUUUGGGUGACCCCAGGAAAACGCUCCCUUAUCGUCAUGUUCUCCCCUCCGUUUGACGUCGACGACCCCUCCAUGGCCACUUUCUCUUAUUAUGUCCGUUACUGGGAAAAGGGAGGAAUCGAACAGGUCAAAGGCCCCUUCAAGAGCAACUCCAUUGUGCUGGAUGAUUUAAAACCUUUACGAGUAUACUGUUUACAAGUCAAGGCCGAACUGUUUUGGAAUUCAUUCAACAUCCGUAGACCUGGGCAUUUUAGUGACGUAACUUGCCGCGAAACGACAAUCGAUGCCUCCACCAAGCUUCAACAAGACGUCCUGAUCGCCAUAGGAACCUUUCUGGUGCUGGCGAUGCUGGCAGUGCCCUGUCUCUUCCUGGUCCUGAAAUACAGAGGCCUGAUUAAGUACUGGUUUGAGUCUCCACCAAGCAUCCCUCUACAAAUAGAAGAGUAUUUAAAGGACCCGGCGCAGCCUAUCUUAGAGGCCCUGGACAAGGACAGCUCACCAAAGGAUGACACCUGGGACUCUGUGUCCGUCAUUUCAUUUCCAGAGAAGGAGUGAGACGUCCUCCAAACCACUUUGACCCAAAGUGCCGGUCUGGGAAGAGGACGUUGAGCCACUGAAGCUGCUGAUGUACCCCUCAGGACUUUUCGGAGCCCGGGACUCCAUGUCUCCAUUGCAAAAAGGACCGUCGGUGCCUGGGGACAAGUAGUGGGGUCUCGUGGGGGAGACGAGCUUAUUUUUUUUAAAAAGAAAUUUCUAAUGAUACAGUUUUCUAGAAUGAUUCUACAGAGAUAUCCCAGGAAAUUUAAGGUUUAUCUUAAACACUAAAAAGGCAUGUAAUUAUUUGUUAGCAAAAUGUCUCCGGCGUACCUCUGAUAUUCUGUUUCUCGUUGGUCGGACUGGGCAGUGAGGGGACCCAGUCCUCUCCUUGACUCUGGCAGGUGAGCUGUGGCCCCCUGGGCAGGUCACACAUCCUGUCCCUGCCUGUUCCAGCCAGAGACACUGAGCAGAGCCCUUCACAUCCAGUCUCCCAGCUUACAAUGUGAUUAGUCCUGUGAAUAUUUUCCGAGUAAUUUAAAGGGUUUUCUUCAGGCUAGUAAUAAAAGACUGUAGAAUUAACUUUU